UGGGUGCUACUCUCCAUGCAUCAAUACGGCUUUCAUUCUGCCUCAGAGGGCCAUGAUGGAGACUGUACAAAAGGACCACUGGUACUUCAUGGUACUACUCGUUUUUCUCCUGAUUCUCAAAGUGUCCAUUCAGCAGAGCGGCAGUGUUGCCACAGUGAAGCUGGGGGAGGGAAUGGUCCUUGGAUGCGUGUGUCCGUGGGACGGGAACCUCAGCAUGGUUUCCUGGACCAAACUGAUCCGGUUCGAGAAGGCGCCUGUAGCCGUGUACCAUCCUGAAUAUGGAGUGUACAUUUCCCCGCCUUAUCAGACGAGGAUCCGGUUCCUGAAGACCACGCCCAUGGAUGGCAGUGUCACACUCAGGAACGUCAGCCAGGAGGACGCAGGGCUCUACCACUGCUCUGUUCAGACCUUCCCACAAGGGUCCUGGGCCAUUGACAUACGAGUGGAGCUGGACCCAGGAACUGUUGAGGAGGAAACCGGAGUUGAAGAAACUAACAUCCACCUCAAUGAAACUCAUCCAGAGGUGAUCAAAGCAGACACUGAACUCACCGCAGAGAGGAGCGAGAACCUCACCAUCAGCUGCAUCCACCAGCACAAUGGGAGCGUGUACCGGGUCACGCUGGAGAAGCUGGACCGUGGCGGCACCGGUGGCGGGGUGUUGAUGGCGCUGUGUCAGCUGAAGGACGGAGGUCUGUUUGAAGUCAACUACACGGACCGGGGGGUUGUGAACUGUUCACGGCGGCUGGACGCCGAUCUGCAGCUCGAUGGUGUGACGGAGCAAGAUGGAGGGUUGUACCGAUGCCGCUUCAGUACGGACGCCGGGGAUCUGACCACCACCGUGCGGCUGACAGUGCCACGUCAGGUUACCUUAAGCCUAUCUGUGAAUCUGCUCUAUAUUACUGGAGCAGCUGGAGUCUUACUACUGCUGUCUUCCAUCUCACUGGUACUGGUUCUGUGGAAGAGAAAGAAGAGGAUAGAGAAGUACGGAUCGAAACUGCAUCCAGCUCAGAGACGGCUUUGCAAUGCGUACGAGAACGUUCCUGUGUAUGACAGGAUGUGGAAGGGUACCAACCCAGGAAGAGAGAUGCCAGUAUACGCCAACAUACGCACUGCGCAUCCUCCCGCUAAGAGAAAGCGAUAGGGAGCAGUGCUGUUAC